GCGCGUUCGUUUAUGUCGAAGUGGCGAGCAGCAGCACCCGGUGACUUUGCGGCCUUUUAUGUCCGCGUCUUUACUACAGUGCGCCAAACUUUCAGACGUGGAUAUUCGCUCCCCACGAGCUUUUCCGAGACUCCAUCCUCUCCUCCAGCACUGCAGCCCCUCCAUCCCCAGCAUGGACUAUUACACGCCCCAGUCCAACCGACGCCACAACCCCGUGGACAGCAUCUGCCGCAAACUGCAGACCAUCCAGUGGCGCGGUGACCGAGAGCCCAAUUCCCCGUUCCAGAUUCCCAAACUCUCCUCCAACAAUUACGACAGCCCGCAGAGCGGCCUCCGGCACAACCUGGAGACCAUCCUGAAGAAGGGCAACCUCCACAGGGACGAGGGCGAGAGGGGGAAGGACAAGACCAGAGGGAUGGGUGCCGCGGCUCCCCAGAGGGGCGGCCUGCGGCCCUCCGUCCCGCCGUCCACCCCGACGUGCGACCCCUCCACGCCAACGAACGUCACGUACAGCAUCAGCAGCACCCUAGGGGAGAGGAGAGGCGCCGACGGGAGUGAUUUAAGACCGGUUAAGACGUGGCAGAAGUAUUGCUCCACGCCAACGGGCCAGUCCAGAGACACGCCUUACUUCACAUUCACACAAGGGCCUCAGUCGUCGUCGGCGGCGCCGCCCCCCGAGAGCCCGUCUCUGAGCCGGACGUUCACCCCAGACCACAGCACCCUCACCUACAACCUCAACUUCUGCUCGGCGGACGUGGGGGACUCGACGGAGAGCGAGCUGUCCUACCCGGCUUUGGUUGUGAAGAGACUGUCGAUGGGCGAUGGAGGAUCCUCGAUGACCUCUGAAAACAGGAAGGAGAACAUGGCAGAAAUCAGCCUAAUCUGUGAGGAGAAUCUACUCGAUACCAUCUUCCACGCCUGCGACACACAGCGCCGAGGUCGAGUGUACGUGUCUCACAUUGUGGACUUCCUGCGGCACACCACCAGCCGCUCCUCAGAAGACAGCGGACUAGAGGACCUUUGCAACAUGCUCGAUCCAGAACACAAAGACGUCUCCAUCGACCUGGAUACGUACCACGCCGUCAUGAAGGAGUGGAUCGAUGACUGCCGCAACAACGGGGAAGAGACAACAAAUGACAUCACUCAGGACUCAUUCAAACUCCGGGAGAGCCUGUCUGCAAAGAGGUCCAUGCUGCUGAAUAUGACCUCGGGAAGCUUGGAGGCCUUUGGAGGGGAGGCAUCCAGAGCAGAAUUUGAGACAUCAGAGCUGGUGUACUGUGUUGCUGACCUUCAAUUGAGCAACCAAAAGCUCCAGGAGGAGGUCAGGAAGCUGAAGCAGGUGGUGGAGGGCAUGGAGGACGGCAACCAGAAGCUGGCAGAGGAGAAUGAGGAGCUACGCAAUCAGGCCAGGGUUAACCAGCAGCUGGCCCAGAAAGAGAAGAUGCUGAAGGAGGAGGUGGAGGAGAUGAAGGCCACUCUGAGCUGUACGGAGGACGGCAGAGCCCGUGCGUCAGCACACAGCAAAAAUGUGGAGCGGGAGAACCAGGGUCUUAUUGCCCAGAUCGCGUCUCUUCAGGAAGAGAACUUCAAGGUCACCAUGGAGACAGACGAGCUUCAGAGGAGGAUAACAGAGCUGUGUGACAUUAACGCUGACCUUCAGGUGCAAAUUCACGCUUUCGAUGCUAUUGUUGGUGAAAAGGAAGCUGUGAUACAAGAGAAGCGCAGACAGAUCAGUGAGCUGGAGUCGACAGUGGAGGAAUACUCCUCCAUCACAGAGCUUCUGAGGGCAGACAAGAGCAAGCUGGAGAACCAGAUGCAGAUGAUACACCCAGAGCUGUCAGGGGCUGCUAUGUCCCUUUCAGUGGCCUUCAGGUUGAACCAGAGCAUCUCGGGAUCCCUGCAGACAGAAUUGGCUUUGGCACAGUCACCACAGGGGGCUCCCCAUGCAGUUGACCAUUUGUCCACCACUAUGAGCUUCACCUCCCCGUUGGAUGAGACGUUGGACAAGGAGGUGCUGUUGAUGCUGCAGGGACCCAACCCUGAACACAUGGCGCUGGAGUUCAAGAAGCUCAUAAAUACACUGAAAAAGGAUUUCACAGAAGAAACCAACUUGGUCUUGUCUACAGCCGGAAGCAACAGAGACACCGACCUCCAGGCGGUGCGAGCCGAGCUGGACGCGAGAAGGGCCGACUGGGCCCUCAGCCUAGACCAGCUGGCCCAGUACACAGACUCACUGGAGAAGGAGCUGAUCAAAAUGGCCAGCAACAUGAGGAGGUCCCGCACCGAGAUCCUGCACCUUUCAGUGAGGGUGCAGGAGCAGGAGAACCAGAAGCGGCAUCUAUGUGAUGAGCUGGAGCAGCUGAAGACUCCUCAGGACAGCAGAGAGGCCUCAUGCCAGACACCUGCACCAGAGGACGAGCCUGGCGAUGACUUGGACUGGGAUGAGGAGUUUGCCCUUCAAGACUUCCUGAAGAACGAGUUGGCUGAGAGGAAUUGCAAAGAACAGGGCGGUCGACCACAACGAGGUGAAGACGAGUACGUGGAGGAGAAGUGGACGGUGGUGGACACCGCUGGAGAGGGAGAAGUGAGGGACACGUCCACCCCUCUGUCUGCCCUCUCUGGGGAGGCCCAGCCUGGGAGUGGUGCAGCAGUAGGGGCUCAAGACACUUCAGCCUGUACAGAUUCCAAUCCGGAGGUGAACUGUCAGGAGGCGGCAGUGCCAUCGAGUGCCCACUCACAAGCUGUCCACGUCAGACACCCAGAGGCGGAUACUCCAGCUGAUCCGCUCCACUCACAGAAUAACGAUGCUCUACAGACUGCAGAGUCUCCCUCCUGUGGUCAUGAUCAGAGCAACGCCUCUGAACAGGACCCAAUGGUCCCACUUGGAGAAACUCCUCCCCCAUCACCUGGACAAGAUGACACUAUCACCCCGACUGAGAGCAGCCGACCGACCGGUGAGGAUCCCUGUGGAGAAGAGAACGAGAGCAAUGUGGACUUGAGUACGGGAACCAUGAUUUGCACAAAGAGCCUGAACCGGACCCAGUCAGCAGACAGAUCAGCAGUGGAGGACAGCACGUGCCUGCUACCUGUGUUGGUUGAAGAAGAGGAGAGCGUGCAGGACGGGACAGCCGAGGUGCCAACAGUAGCCACCAGGAUGGAAGAGACCGACCGGCUCACCAGCAGCGGAGCGACCACCUCCUCUGGCAGCGGCCCCUCUCAGUUGAGAUCUUCCAUCGCACAUGCCAGCCAAUUGGGGAGCGUGACCUCUGACCCCAGCCAAUCUGAGAAUAGUGCAGGCAAAAAGGACUCCCUGCCCCUGUCCGGGAAAAAUAAGAGGGAACUGGAGCUGUCAGGCAGCACGGAGGACAUCAACGAGCCCAAGGCCCAGGAGGACCCCACUGAGACCAGCAUGGCUACUGGGAAGAAAUCUGAGGCCUUAAUGGCUUCUGACACUAGUGGCCCCACGAAAGACGACAAGAAGAGCCCGUCACCUAAUGACAAGGAGAUUGAGGCCGAGUUCCAGCGUCUGGCGUUGGGCUUCAAGUGCGAUAUGUUCACCUUGGAGAAGAGAGUCCGGCUGGAGGAGAGGUCACGUGACCUCGCGGAGGAGAAUGUCCGCAGGGAGGUGUCCAGCUGUCAGGGCUUACUGCAGGCUCUGACACCUUUGUGCGAGGAUGACAGCCAGUCCAUGGAGAUCAUCCAGAGGCUCCAAAAGAACCUCGACAUCCUCAUCCAGUCCAUGAUCAGAGUGUCCAGCCGCUCUGAGAUGCUAGGAGCUAUUCACCAGGAGAGUCGUAUUGGUAAGGCUGUGGAGGUGAUGAUCCAGCAUGUGGAGAACCUGAGGAGGAUGUACACCAAGGAGCACGCCGAGCUGCUGGAGCUGAGAGAGGCGCUUAUGCAGAACGAGCGCUCGUUUGGCUCACAAACUGAAAGAGAUGACUUCCGAGGCAAGAAGCAGACAACGCAGUACUACAAGCAGUCCUCAACCCGGCGGGUCAGCAUAGCAGCAAUUCCCCGCUCCGGUGGAGCAAACCUGCACUUUGACACGUCCAAAACACAAGACGGCUCAGAGACUGAAACGGAGAGACUGACCAGGCGAUCCCCCUGGAAUGUGGCGGGGAAGAGCACUGCGCGCCCCCCACUAAAGCGCUUUGUUAGCUCUGCGGCCUGGGUUGAAACUGAAGAUCAGUCUCUCAUGAUGAAGGGGACGCCGUACGACAUCAUAGACGGCCCGUUGGAGGACAAGCCAAAGGAGGAGCCGGUGGCCGAGAGGAGGAGGUCCAGUCUCAGUGAGCUGGGCAGCAAACUCACCUCCCUGAUAAUGCCCCUCAAGACGAGUCAGGAUGAGCUGUUUGUGAUGCUUCCCAGUCCCAAUCCCUCCUCCGGCUCCACGUCCACAGACGCAGGAGCGGCCCAGUCUCUGUCCCAAAGCCUGACCUCUUCCCGGGCGGUUGCAGCUGUAGCCAGAGGUGGCAGGGGUCUCUGGCUUUGGUUGGCGAUGGUGGUGCUGCUGGCAGGUCUCCUGGCACUGCUGGCCAGCCUGGUGAUGCAGCCAGCGGUCGAUGCAGCUCCUGUGGGGACCGGGGACUCCUGGAUGACCAUCCAGCAGCUUCUGUGGCCCUAUGCGGGGCUCCGGCAUAACGGACAGCCCCCUGUCUAGGCCCUGGAUGGUGUCGUCGCCCCCCCCCCCCCCCCUCCAUCAGCCCCCUGCAGAAAUACCAUCUGUGCACUCGGGCGCUGACGACAAAGAACCGUAUGCACCUUCUGAGCGAGGCUGUUGGGAUGGUUACUGGUGUCUGGAGAUUUCUAAAAACAAGACUUGCGCCACAGGACAGGCCUCAAGGGAUAGUUAACCCUUUGGAGGGUUUUGUGCAUCACAUCACGUUUGCUAAAUUUGUGUGUGUGUGUGUCUGCGUUUUAAGAGGAUAAGCAGUUGUGAGUGAUGGAAAUCCUUCUACAAGCUGCUCAUUGUCCUCUACCCAUUAUGAUGCAGGCUUGGUGAGUUAUCAGAGCACGUACACGACAUCAUCAGAUGAAAGACCGUCUUGGACGAUGGCUCCAAUUGUGCCACAUGACGUUUAAAAUACAUUUCAUGCGCGUGAGGAAACCGGAGGGGGUCUACCAGCCUUUUUAAUGAUAUUUAUAACUUCUGAGUCUGUGAACACUGGUAAUAAAACCUUCGUUCUGUUUUAAAAAUCUAUUUAUGGGUUUGUUAGAUUAAGUGAGGAUUUGUGAAUAUCUUUUUGUUAAGUUAUAAAAUGCAUUUUACAGUCUUGACACCAAAGUUUUUUAUUUUCCACUCUAUAUUCUUGCUGUGGUUGUCACUGUUUUCAACUUCAGAUACUUUUGUAUGUUCCAAAGAAUAUGCGUGGAACUUUGCACAAAUAAAGUAGCCUAUUCUACAA